AUGGGGGCGACCAGCAAAUAUUUGCAAGAAAAAGUUCGCAUGAAAGAUACUACAAUGGUUGAAAGACGCAUUCUCCAACUCCUUCAAUUAGAUUCGUUCAGAAAUGCAGACGAUAUAACUCUGUUAUUACAAGUUAUGGUUCAAGAAUGCCUUACAAGGUACACUCGACUGCAGCUUCUCAGCCGUCUGAUUAAAACAGAAAACGAUGCUUGUCUUAAACUUUUUCGACAGUAUAAUGGUCUCGAUAUGUUGGCGGCCUUUAUGUGUGAUGCAGCGCCGAAAGAUUGGGAACUCAAAAAGCAGAUAUUAGUUUGCUUGAAACACAUCCCUGUUUCAGAGCAAAAACAGGUACAGUCGAAUUCACGCCUUAUGGAAAUAGUAGCACAGUGGACUUCCAAUCCUCACCACUGUCGGGCACGUAGUAUUCCUCCCGAGUCGUGGAAGAGUGCUGAUGUACAUAUAGCAGAUACUUCAAAUGUUACUUUGGUUAGAUUUUCCACUGAUGAACUCCCUAUGGAGUCGAAUUUCGACUCUGAUGAAACAAAAUCACUUUCUAAGAGUACCAAGGACAAUGAAUCAUCUUCCAUACAAACAGGUGAUAAGAAUAGUGAUUUUGCUGCAUCACCUUCGAGUUCCGACUCAUUUAGUUCUUCCUUGAAGGAGAAUGCAUCAUGUGUGUUGCAUGCUUCGACACUCCCAGUUUACGAAGAAGGAUUUAACGCUAUCACUCAAACUUCGGAUUGUGAUAUGUCCCCCGUAACUGUUGUGGAUGAUGAUAAUGGUGAAAUUGAAAUCGGAUAUGCAGCCGACAACAACGAAAUAAAUAUGGAUACUGAAGAAUGUAAAGCUAAGACGAAUGAGGAAUGGAUAGAAGAGAUCAAGGCUUUGGCUUGUAAACUGCUUGAAAAAUGGUCUAAAUUACCGAAGGAAAACUACCGGAUACCGCGAUUGGAGCGUCAAGAGACCGAGAAAAUGCUUCAUAUAUCAAAUCCAAUUGGUUCUUCUCUUAUCUCUUGGGGAUCGGAAUACAAAGAUGAACAAGCAAUAUCCAAUAAAUCUUGGACUCAGAAUAGUAACAGUAAAUUCCAGUCAAAUAAAACGUAAGUUUAAACACGAUUAUCUACUCUCCAUUCAUUGAUUACCUAUGCGUUUUCCCAUAUUAAAUAAUUCUAGGGAUUUUUUACUCUUUAUAAAUAUACCCAGGGUUUCCAGAACAGUGACAGGAUACCAACUGUUUGCCGUUCGAAUCAGUCAGUAAAGCAUUCAAAUUUCAUUAAAC